GCUUAGAACAGCGCACGAGGCGAGCAGGGCUGACCGUGCGCUUGUGUGUGUGUGUGUGUGUGUGUGUGUUUUUUGUUUCUUUUUUUGGGGGGGGUGGUGGGUUUCUCCCGGUGGGGACCGUAGAGUAGAGUUGAGUAGACCGCAGAGGCAUAACGGCACACCGCAGACAUACACAGUGUACUCCGGGGACAGUCUCGGUGGGAGAGAAGGACUGUGUGCGGCGGCGGACACGAGCAGAGAGGGGGACGCGCAUACCAGAGACUAUCACAACGAAAUACAUUGUCGCUCCAAAGCGGCGGACUGACCGCUAAACCUGCUCUCUAGUAUCCCGAGAACAAACACCGCACACGGGGGCGGUGUGGUGAGGAGUGACAGGAGGCAACAUGGUGGAUUACUAUAACGUCCUGGGAGUGCCCAAAGGAGCCUCUCAGGAGGACAUCAAGAAGGCGUACAGGAAACUGGCGCUGAAAUGGCAUCCAGACAAAAAUCCUGACAACAAAGAGGAAGCAGAGAGAAAGUUCAAAGAAUUGUCAGAGGCUUAUGAAGUCCUAUCUGACACGAGUAAGCGUGAUGCAUAUGACAGAUAUGGAAAUGACAAAGUACGACACACAGGUUCCUCCAGCUCAGACUUUUCAUCAGAUUUCCCAGGAUUCACCUUCACAUUCCGCAACCCAGAUGAUGUUUUCAGGGAGUUUUUUGGUGGCCAAGAUCCUUUUGCUAACUUUUUUGAUGACUUCUCAUCCUUUGGAGGCUCGUCCUCUCGCCCCGGCCCCGGUCGCUUCUUUUCUUUUCCUUCAGCACGAGUUGAUUUUACCUCCUUCUCCUCUUCCUUGGGUGGUCUGGAUGGGAUGGACAACAUGGGCGGAGGGAUGGGCAACUUCAAAUCAGUUUCUACCUCCACUCGCAUCAUAAAUGGCAAACGCACCACCACCAAAAAGGUAAAGGAGAAUGGGCAGGAGAGAACAGAGAUUGAGGAGGAUGGGGUGUUAAAGAGUGUCCUAAUUAAUGGUGUGGAGGAUGAAAUGGCCCUCGCACUGGAGCUGAGCCGACGAGAGGGAAAGACCCGCCCCUCACCUCAGAAGCCACAAAUCCAAAACAGAUCACCUGCCGAUUCUGGCCUAUCCCACCCCAGCCCUCACUCUGCACCUACACACCGGUCACUUAGCUCAGCUCCCUGCUACAACUACGGGCUUACGGGCAGCAGCGAGGAUGACGACGAAGAUGAAGAACUGCAGGUGGCUUUGGCAUGCAGCCUGUCAGAAAUGGAAGCCAAGCAGAGAGCAGCUGCUACCAACUUCAUAUCAGGUGCUGGGGGUGUGGGCAGAGCCAUGAGUGGCAAAACUGGUGGCCAAAAAGGAGGCGGGGUUGUUAAGACGACACAUUUUAAUGUGGCUAAUACUGAAAAGGUGGUUGCAGGGGAGAGAGAUGAAGAGGGGCAGUUUAAAAUGGGCUCCGGGCCUGAAACUGGGUGGGUAGUGGUGGGAAACGGAACCAGGGAACCAGACUUCUCUCCUGAAUCAUCCACAACUGACAACACUACGCCACUAAGCCAGAGCAGUGAAGAGGAGUUUAAACCUGCCGUGAAAAAUAAUGAUGGCAGUGUGAAAAAGAAAAAGAAGUGUGGGUGUAUUAUCUGCUAAUGCGGUGUGUGUGUGUGUGUGUGUGUGUGUGUGUGUGUGUGUGUGUGUGUGUGUGUGUGUGUGUGUGUGUGUGUGUGUGUGCAUUUGCAAUGUUUUUUAUAAUUGCCUCAGUGUUCAGUCUUUAAUGUUAUGUGAUUGCCAAACUCUUGAUUUGAGUCAGUGCCUCAUCUGAUCUUGAGGCGUUUAUCCAGUUUUAACACCUCUCAAAGAGAGAGUGAGUCAACUUUGACAGGGUGCCAACAGUGACAAUCCCAUAUAAUUUGACAAUAUACAGCUAUAAGAUCAAAUCGAUUGUGUAGCAAUAGAGAGGAUUGUUUCUGAAUGGAUGUGAAUUAGCCAAAUAUUUAUGCAGAUGGAAAAGAGUGGGAUUCAGAGGAAUUUAGAUGUGGCCAAGUUGGUAUCGAUUUAAAUCCCAGUAAGGGCAGAGUGUUGUGUGUGUGUGUGUGUGUGUGUGUGUGUGUGUGUGUGUGUGUGUGUGUGUGUGUGUGUGUGUGUGUGUGUGUGUGUGUGUGUGUGUGUGUGUGUGUGUGUGUGUGUGUGUGUUUGGGUCAGCUGAAACCCCCAUAGAAGUUUCUCAGUCUGACUCUCUGGCAAAGGGAAUUUAUAAGAACUGUGGCACAAGCCCAGUCUAAAAUAACAGAUCAAAAUCAAAAGCCGGCCAAGGAACCUACGUGAAAGAAAAAGCUUGUUUUAAAAAAAGGAUUGGUGUUUAUUGGUCACCAAUCCUUGAUAGUUAUAUUUUAUAAUAUAGCUGAUAGUUAUAUUUUAUAAUAUAUAUAAAACAAAAAGUAGUUGAAGCACUGACACACACUGUGCAAAUACACUUUGUAAAUACCCUCCGGCAUCCCAGUCUACCCAAUUUAUCAACCCAGUAGCACAGCUUCUACACUGUUGCAAAGUUUACAAUAGUAAGGAUCGAAUGUAUCAUUCAUGUACAUGCCUUGGCCUUUAUACCCUUACUGAAAUAUCAAGACCAGGUUUGGUCAGAUUGUAGGUUGGGGGGGGGCAGCACUUUAUGAAUGAAGUUGGAGCACAGUGUACAAUGUGUACAGCAUUAUGAAUGAUUGUGAAGCACAGUUACAAUUAAUCAUUCUAUAAUUAUUUUGAUAUUUUGAUCCUUUGGGUGCCUUUGCAUGUUUUAACUACUUUGCUAUGUGCUUUAAUUCCUGCUGCAAAUGUGGCAGUUAGAAAAACAACUAAUGUAUGUAAAGCAAAGCAAAUGUCAAAGCUAUAUAAUAGAGAUCGAGAGUGUGUGAGUGGUGUCCUGAGAGUACGAGUGGUUGGAAUUAAAUUGCAUUUAAAUGGCUGUGCGAAUGUUUAAAAAUAUGGAGCUUCAUCUCCAAAUCAAUGCUAAGUUUUGAGUUCCCUUUGAGUGGUUUGAACUGCCAGGGUAGGGGAAGUACUUAAGCUGUGUUACACUUCUAUCAACAUCUGUUGAGCAAAACACUAAACCCCACCUGCUCCAGUUUAGCUGAGGUGUGCAAAAUUACACAGACUGUCGACUGUGUUUAAGAUUGCAUUACUAGUUGAAAUAAGUAUUAAUAAUCUGCUUUCACUUUAAAAGAUAACUGUCAUCACUGGCAAAAGUUAAGCACAGCUGUAACACAUUAUCAUUUUUAAAAUAUUCAAAUAAGUAUUGUAUUCUCUGAGUUGCAUGUCAUUUAUCCUCUCCAAACCUUUAUUGCGUAUGGAGAGAGAAUGACAAAGAGGCAGAUGGUUCCUCUUACAAAUAUUUAUAUCCGCCUGUAUUAUUUGUACUACAUUAAACUGCCAUGUGUUUUUGUCAUUUUUAUUUUCAGAUUGUUGAAAGGGAAAUAACAAAUAAAGAUUGAGCUGAAGAGGAUAGUUGGGAUUUUUGAUUUUUGAUUUCAGAAUAUGGCAGUAAUGGUUCUGUAUUUUCCACUAGUUGUCACUGAUUUCACACUAUACUAGUACUACCGUUACUACUAAAUUAACAACAAUACAUACAAUACAAUCUCUAAAGCAAACCAUUAAAAAAAAAAGAAAUGAGUGCUUAAAAUUUAAUUAAAAAUGAAGGGCUAAAAGAACUUGAUCAGUAUUUUUACAUUUGAUUUCACUUGGUUUGUUGUUCAAGCAACGUGUCCCUAUUUACCUACCAUACUGACCCUUUACACUCUUUACAUUGAAGUCUGUUCCUCAUCCCUCUGAGUUUCACCUGUUUUCAGUGCAAACUAAGUUGUUUUAAGAUUGUCCUUGCAACUAUUAGCUUGAUAAGAAAGAAGACGUUGUUAAUUAAUAUCUCAAAAUCAAAUUUUUCUCUUUUUUGGUAAAGAACAAACAAACUGCCAUGUAAAUGUUCAUGUAGAGCUAUCCUGCAUCUUAUCAAAAUUUGAAAUAGCCACAGAAUAUUAUUUCCCACUUUGUUAUCAUAGGAUACGUGUUAUCUUACUUACCGAUUUGCUUUUAUCACCUUCUAAUGCCUAUCUUGCAUUGUCAUGUAAUGAUCUUAUAUUUGCUGUAAAAAGAUCUCAUUGUGACAUCAAAGAUUAUUAUUAUUUUUUAUUCUUAAUGUGACCCACACUUUAUUGUACCUGAUUAUUUGGACUGCGGUUGGAAUUUUCUGUCUUAC